AUUUUCGCUAGAUAUUUUAUAAAUAUUUAUUAUCUAAGCAAACAAAUCUUAUAUUUUUAACUAUUAUUGAAACUAGUCAUUUUUAGUUUUAGAAAUUUGUGUUUUUAUCUUUUUAUUGUUGUUAAACUUACAACGUUUGCGUUUUAAAUUUUGUAUCCUACGUAUACUUAAUUACUUAAAUUAGUGAAUUAAAUUUAUUUACGUGUUUUGCAUUAUCUUUUCAGAUUAAUUGAACAUGAGUGAUAACGAUCCAUGUGAAUGCUAUUGGAACCAUGAACUGUCUAUGCAGAGAUUGAUAUCUUUGCUUCGUCAAUCCCAGACAGCUUGUACAGAUAUAAACUGUUUAGAACCAGUGCAAAGAUUAGAUUCCCCUAAUGCAUCAAGUGGAGAGGAUACUAAUUUUAUUUUGAUGACUGGAAUUUGGGUUAUUGUUGCUCUGGCAUUAUACUUUUUGCGUCCCAAUCGAGCUCGUACUCAUGAAGAAGAAAUAAAAAAAUUGCCAUUUGGAGGAUCUGAUGACAGUGGAUCAAAAGAUCCACCUCCUCCACCUCCAUCGAUGGGAACUCAGUGAUAAACAAUAAAGUAUCUCAAUUUCUUUAGAAAUUGUGUAUACUCACCUUAUAUUAUGUUAAAUUUAUUUUUAAAUAUUUUAUAGAUAAUUAUUCUCUUAAAUUCAGAGUAAAACAUAUACAUUAUGUACGAUUUAUCAUUCUGUAUCAGUGAAAUUCAAUAUAAAUAUUUUAACUCCAAUAUAAUUUUUUAAGGUACAUAAUGACAUUAAUAAAUAUCAUUUAAGUAAAAAAUUUAAAUUACAUUUUUUAUCAACAUUUCCAAUAAAUGAGUUUUCGACUUCAUGAUAUAUUGACGUGUAUAAAAUUUGAUUUUUAACCAAAUUGUAUAAUAUUAUGUUUUUGUUUGUUUUAUUAUUAUUAUACUUUUUUAGAUAAAUCAUAAUGGAGUAAUAUUUGUUAUAUUUUGAAAUAAAAAUCAUUAUUUUAAUUACUUUCCUAGAAUAUAAUAUAAUUGUAAUAAUUAUGCAUUAUAAUUCAAAAGUUCCAGUCUUAAAUGUAACUACAUUAUUAUUUAACAUUUAAAAUGGAAGAGGGUAUAUUAAAUUGAUAAUGAUUUGACUAAUUAUUAAUGUUUGAUCACUUAAUUUUUUAGUUUAAUAUAAUUUAAAGUAUUUUUAAUGCAAUAUUUAUGUUAUUUUACAUUCUUCCUUUCAUUCCAAACUUUAUAAUAGUUUGUUGAUAUAAUAUUGUUGUUAAACUAUUUUAGUAUGAUUUACCAUGUAAUACUUGUAGUGAUUUAUUUUGUCUAAAUUUUUAGUUUUAUUAUUAUAUAUUUGCAUAAUAAAAUUAAUUUAUAUACUUUUA